AUGGCCGAGCCGCCCGCCGAGGUUUCAGGCCAUCUGGACCUCACCAUCGAGCCGUACAUCGAGGAGGACCCUGCGUGCGACGCCCCCACGCUCUACAGGAGUCUGUGGCUGCUCAACACCUCCUCGGAUGGCUCCCUGAACCCCGCAGUCUCCGAUGGCGAUGUUCACAGCGCCUGGAUCUUGACGGGUCCGACGACAAGCAAGGCGCUCCUGAUCACGGCGCCGUGGCCGGCCCCUCCAGGCAACUAUCUGCUGCGCCUGGUGCUGACCCGCGACUCGUCUGACGAGAGCACGUGGCAGCCCCCGGCGCACUGGGACCCGUCUUCUUCCGUAGGACCGUGGAUCUUCGACUCGGGCCUCUUCAUGAUCGACGAGCCGCCGAGGAACGGUAGCAGCGACAUCUACCCUCCCUCGGGCAACAUGACCACGACAAGGUUCACUCUGAGCUCACUGCACUGGGUCGACGACGAUCUGCCGUUGACGUACAGGUUCUCCUGGCACGCAGGCCCCAUCUCGUAG